CACUUCCGGUGUUCUACAAGCAACUAUCGGACCUCAGAAUGUCUUCCAAAUGCGCACUGAUCUUUGUCCUGGCGGCUCUCUGCUGCCUGGUGGCCACCGAGGCAGCCACUCAGCGUCGCAAUGGUGCCAUUCGCCCAGUCGAGGCAGCCGACGAGACCAAGAACGGCAUUGAAGUUGAGGCAAAGCGUGAACAGGAACUCGAAGAGGAGGAGGAUAAAGAGACUGACGAGAACAACACCCUUCAGCUUAAACAGAACCACAGCGGCGCAGUCAGCAAGCAGGACAACCUCAAGGAGACCAUUGUGAGGCCAAGCAAUGAUGAUGCCCGUGCCCGUCGUGUGCGCCGUCGUCGUGGUCCUAGCCGCACCAGGAACUCUCGUCGUCGUCGCAAUGGCAACAACCGUCGUCGUCGUCGUGGUCCCAACAACCGCAGGCGUCGUGGCCCCAGCCGUCGCCGCAACACGAUCAGGAGACGUGGUGGCAGGCCACUCCGCGGUUAA